ACUCAACUGACAGCGUUGCAGCUAAGGAUAGACGAGCCCAUCGACCAGACAAGAUGUCGCGAGGUUCAAAAUUGCAUACCCUUGCGAGACUCAAUGAUAUUGCACUCGGUUCUUUCUCAAAUGUCCCAUCGUCUGAGACAUUAAAUCAUCUCGUGCGGUAUCUUAGCACGUGGAGCGGUAGCGACAAGUUUUUCACGCUCAUACAGUAUACAUUUAAACUGAUAGUGCCGUUCCUGCACUGGCGCGCGAGGCUUCAGCACCGUGCCGGUAUCAGGAAAGAUGCAAGCAGCCAAGCUGCCCCUUCUUUGGCAAGUUUUGCCAGUAUUGUUAGCGAUGCUAGAAUGCUAGGCAGAUUUUGGGGUCUUCUACCGAUCUUUCAGUGGAUGAUCUCCAUGGAGCGCAACCCCCCGCCAACUCGUACGUUGCACACUAUCGAGCGACUUCAGGGAUGGUCCAUGCUUGGGUUUUACCCCCUUGAACAUCUUUAUUACUUGCGAUCCCAUGAUCUGAUUCCCACUUCGAUUCCCUCGCUUUCCUCUAUACUUGGUCGCAGCUCGAAACGCAUUCCAUUGAAUGAGAAUAAAUUAAUCCUCUGGUCUUGUCGAUUCUGGCUGCUUUAUAUCGUACUUCAAUUCGCCCACCUAAGAGAGGACAGAAAACUUCUGUUGACGAGGCAGAGGAAUCUUAGAAAGGGGAAAGGCUUUUCUGCUGAGGAUAAAGAGGACCUCCGAAAGCGGUGGGACUCUCUUGGGAAUGAAUUGGUGGCCAAUGCUACUAAUUUACCCUUGGCCCUUCAUUGGUCUCUGGAGAGCGGCAUCUUCACAAACGACAUCUGGGUCACCAUUCUCAGCCUCAUCAAUGGGAUCGCUACGUUCAGAGGUGGCUGGAGAGCAACGGCUCUUCCCUCUGUCAAAGCCGUUGAAUCCCCCGAACCCUCGAACGCUGCUGAUACGGUGGAGGAAAGCAAGUAUUAGUGACUCAGUCAUUGUUGACAGAUUACUCGCUCACACCACAUCAGAGGUCUGAUAGAAUUAUUGGUGUCAUAUUUACCAUUAUUUUUAAGAGGUCUAUUCUGUAAUGACAUAGCCGUCGAUA